CACGGAGGUUAGUUGGCCAUUUCAGUCGAACGCCGCCACACCGGUGCUCUCUUCUUCCUGCCAUUGCCAAUUCAAUCAAAGCUCGAAAUCUCCGUCGUCCAGACUUCACGGGUACAGUUCCUGCCGGCAGUGUAGUUCCACUGAUUUUAAUGGAAGCAACGCCGUUCUCUAUCGCUGUUUCUUCUUCUCGGACUGUAAUUCGAUCAUUUCCGUCGUCGUUUCAUACCAGCUCUCUCGUUUUUCUUCGCAAUAAUCGUUACAAAACUUGUCAUCUCAAAGUUAAGUCCACCGGUAAGUUUGCGGUUCGUGCCUCAUUUUCGGGUGACUCAGUCGUGACUUUGCUGGAUUACGGUGCUGGUAAUGUUCGUAGUGUGAGGAAUGCAAUUCGUUACCUUGGCUUCGACAUUAAAGAUGUGCAAACUCCAGAGGACAUUCUGAAUGCAAAACGCCUAAUAUUUCCUGGAGUUGGGGCAUUUGCUCCAGCCAUGGAUGUGCUAAACAAUAAAGGAAUGGCUGAAGCACUCUGUACUUAUAUUGAGAAUGAUCGCCCAUUUUUAGGCAUUUGUCUUGGGCUUCAAUUACUCUUCGAAUCAAGUGACGAGAAUGGACCAGUAAAAGGACUUGGCUUAAUACCGGGUGUGGUUGGGCGUUUCGACUCUUCCAAUGGUUUUAGUGUACCCCAUAUUGGGUGGAAUGCUUUGGAAAUCUCAGAUGACUCUGAGAUCUUGGAUGAUAUUUGUAAUCGUCAUGUCUACUUUGUUCACUCUUACCGUGCUAUGCCAUCUGACAAGAACAAGGAGUGGAUCUCUUCUACUUGCAGCUAUGGUGACAGGUUUAUAGCCUCAGUUAGAAGGGGAAAUGUCCAUGCAGUUCAAUUCCACCCAGAAAAGAGUGGAGAUGUAGGCCUGUCUGUCCUCAGAAGAUUCUUGCUUCCAAAGUCAACUUUGACCAAGAAACCUACUGAGGGGAAGGCAUCAAGGCUUGCAAAAAGGGUAAUUGCUUGUCUUGAUGUGCGGACAAAUGAUCAAGGGGAUCUUGUUGUUACCAAAGGGGACCAAUAUGACGUAAGGGAGCAAUCAGAAGAGAAUGAGGUGAGGAACCUUGGCAAACCGGUUGAGCUUGCUGGACAGUACUACAAGGAUGGAGCUGACGAGGUCAGUUUUUUGAAUAUAACUGGUUUCCGUGACUUCCCUCUUGGCGACUUGCCAAUGUUGCAGGUGCUGCGAUACACAUCAGAAAAUGUUUUUGUACCAUUGACUGUUGGUGGCGGAAUUAGAGAUUUUACGGAUGCAAAUGGCAGACACUAUUCUAGCUUGGAAGUUGCUUCAGAAUAUUUCAGAUCUGGAGCUGAUAAAAUAUCUAUCGGAAGUGAUGCAGUUUAUGCUGCUGAGGAAUAUUUAAGAACUGGUGUAAAGACUGGAAAGAGCAGCUUGGAACAGAUUUCUACUGUUUAUGGAAAUCAGGCUGUCGUGAUAAGUAUUGAUCCUCGAAGAGUGUACCUUAAAAGUCCUGAUGAUGUGGAGUUCAAAGUCAUUCGAGUUACUAACCCAGGUCCUAAUGGAGAAGAAUAUGCAUGGUAUCAGUGUACAGUGAAUGGAGGUCGAGAAGGUCGACCUAUUGGAGCUUAUGAGCUUGCAAAAGCAGUUGAGGAGCUUGGAGCUGGAGAAAUACUGCUAAAUUGCAUAGAUUGUGAUGGUCAAGGAAAAGGAUUUGAUUUAGAUCUAGUAAAGCUGAUAUCGGAUUCUGUGAGCAUCCCUGUUAUUGCCAGCAGCGGUGCUGGGUGUUCUGACCAUUUCUCAGAGGUGUUCAACAAGACAAAUGCAUCUGCUGCCUUAGCUGCUGGCAUUUUCCAUCGCAAGGAGGUGGCUAUUCAGUCCGUAAAAGGGCAUUUAUUAAAGGAAGGCAUAGAGGUCAGAAUGUAAUGACAUCAAAGGUCGGCCUGUGUCGCAGGAGAGGCAUCAAUUUUGAGGAUUGCCAAAAGGCAACUUGGAACAACAACCUUUGUGUGGUAUUUAAUACCCUCUGAUUUUGCUGUCAUGUGAUGCUGAUUUAAUUUAUGCUGACCUUUAUUGUAAUUUAUUGAAUAAUUGAAUGACACA